AUGCCGCCCAUCACCAUCCGUCCGCCAACAUUCUCGCCCGCCAAAGCACCAGCGGGAUAUCAAAACCCGACCAUCCCCUGGCUCAGUGAAACAUGGCACGUCACCCACAGCACGCUGCCCAUGUGGAAGAGCAAGAAGAAUGUGCGGAUUCAAUAUACUCCCAUGGAGCCCUCGGCGCCUUCCAUCCCUAAAGAUCAGACCGACCGCAUCGAUGAUCUGGUCACCUAUCAAAGCGCCGAUGCCACAACGGACAAGAUCUCCUCGAUUCGCGGGAUUGAUAAAGCUGCGGUGGGAGAUAGCAGAGGCGAGUGGGAUUGGCGCGGUAAAGGAUGGUUGAUGAUUGCGAGCAGUCAUUGGGAGGUCCUUGCGUGGGGAGAGGAAGGCGGUAGUGGCAACAAGUAUGUGGUUACCAUGUUUGCGAAGACGUUGUUCACUCCCGCGGGUAUCGAUGUCUACUCGCAGAACAGCGCGGGUGUGGCGGCUGAGACGUUGGAGAGUAUCAAGGAGGGAUUGGCUACUGUGGAYGAUGAUGUGGUGAAAAAGACGGCGGUCGAGUUGUUUGAGAUCAAGCGCGAUGAUACCCGGAAGGAUUGA